AUGGUUCUUACAUAUUCUACUUUCCACGAAUUCAACUAUAACUUUUCAACCGUUACGCUGGCGUUUUUCAAUCGGUACCCAAACCCUUAUGCCACGCAUGUCAUUUCCGCAGACACAAUAUCUCAAAAGAUUCAAGAUCAGAAACUGUAUACUACUCGGUUAAUCCGUAAGAAUGGAAGACUCCCCAAGUUCAUAAUGCCCUUUUUAGGUAAGGUGGCGGAGUCAUGGAUUGUGGAGUACUCAGUGGUUGAUCCCGUUAAUCAAACCAUGAAGACAUGGACCAGCAAUCUGGAGCAUCGGGGAGUUUUAAAAGUGGAGGAGCAAACAGAAUACAAGGCAGUAGUACCUACGGAUAUUAGCAAUAGCAACAGCAGUAAUCAUAAUAAUAAUAAUAACAAUAAUAACAACAAAAAUGCAUUGAUGACAGCAGCUACUUAUAACGUUUUGUUUUCCAGUAACUUUGGCCGAUGGGGUAUCCGAGAUAGAAUCGAAUCAUGGUCGCUAUCUAAGUUCAGAGAAAACGUUCAAAAAUCACGUCGCGGAAUGGCAUACGUGAUGGAACGUAUGCGUGAAAAGGGACUUACUGCAUUUGGCGAGAUUCAAAGACAAAUGUCUGUGGUUCGUGAUCAGCGCGAGCUACGGGAUGUGUAA